AUGAGUCAAGAUAGGAGAACUAGUAGCAUUUGGAAGCAUUUUUCUAAAAAUGAUCCUGCAAUUGAUAUUGAUAAUCCUGUACCUACAUCUUCUUGUGUUCAAGUAGGAAAGGAUCUAAGUACAGUGAGUGAACCAAGCUGUAGUAGUAGUAAUAUUUCUAAUCAGCCAACUGCUAUACAUGAGGUAACACCAAUUUCAAAAUCAAAUCCAUUAAAACGUAGUAGACAGUUGGCAAUUACUAAUUAUACUCCCAAAAAAAUUUCUGUCGAUGGUCAAAAAAAAUUAGAUACUGCACUUAUUAAACUUUUUAUUAAAGAUCUACAGCCUUUUAGUGUAGUUGAAGACACAGGAUUUAAAGAGUUUGUGAAUAUGUUAAACCCAAGCUACAAGAUUCCCAACCGCCAUACCAUUUCUAAAACUCUUAUUCCAGCAGCGUAUGAAAAAUGUGUAAAUGAAGUUCAAUCAAUGUUACAAAAUGAAUUAGACAAUGCUUGUCUAACAACCGAUUGUUGGACAUCUAGAGAUAACAAAAGUUACAUUGCUAUAACAAUUCAUUUUAUUAAUAACAAUUUUAAUUUAAAGUCCAUAUUAUUGAGUUGCCAUUCCUUUAAUGAAAACCACACAAGUGAAAAUCUUUCUAGCCAAAUUAGUAAAACUUUAAAUUCGUGGAACUUGAAAGAAAAAAUCGUAUUUGCUGUAUCUGAUAACGCCUACAACAUACAAAAUGCAUUAGGACAGUUAAAAUUUAAACAUUUAGAAAAUGAUAUCAUCGAUAAAGUUAAAAACAUUUGUACUCAUUUUCGUAAGAGUACAAAUGCAAAUAAUAAAUUAGUUGCUUAUCAAAAAAGUAUGGGGGUCAAUGUUCCAUUAAAAGUCCUACAAGAUGUAGCCACGAGGUGGAAUGCCACAUUCUACAUGCUAGAACGCUUUGUACAACUGGAGACUUCUAUACGGGGAACAAUGGGACUUUUAGACAAUGCACCACCUUGUUUGAAUUCCGAUGAAUGGAUAGCUAUCAAAGAGUUUUGUAUUAUUUUAAGACCGUUUGAAGAAGCUACUAGAGCUGUAAGUGGAGAACAGUACAUAACUGCUUCAUUAGUUAUAGUUAUUGCUCAAGGAUUGAAAAAUGUCUGUGAACAAAUGAAAAACGAAAAUUAUUCUAUCAGGACUUUAGGGUUAAUCAAUAAUAUAUUAAAUGAUAUGAAAGACCGUCAAAAUUGGGGAAAUAUAGAAAAUAGCAAGACCUUAAGAAGAUGUACGUUUCUUGAUCCACGGUUUAAAAACUUACCAUUCACUCACAACGAAAACAUGCUCAACUCAUUAAAGAAUGAUAUAGUGGAACUAACAGCUAAGAUUAUUUCGACAUCCAGAUCUGAAUCUACAUCAGUUGAACAUGAAUCACAGAUUUCUAACCAACCAUCCGAACCAUUGACGCCUGAAGUGAAGAAAUUUUCAAUUUGGGAGUCAAUCGAUAAAUGUGUUUCCCAAAUGCAGCCUUCAAUUGGAACAUCAACUUCACGGGCUAUAGUAGAGGUGCAACGUUAUUUAGAAGAACCGGUGUUAAAGAGAAACUCUAAUCCACUAGAAUGGUGGCAAGAACACAAGUACAAUUACCCAUUUUUAAAUGUUUUGGCUAGGAGGAUGUUAUGUUGUUUAGGAUCAUCUGUUCCAUGCGAGCGUGUAUUUUCUAAGGCAGAAUAG